UUGGCCGUAUUUGAAAAAUCAGUCUCUGACAAACUAUAGAGGGAACGUUUGAAUUUGGACUUGUGUGCGCAGACGAGAAGUCAGUGGCGUUGCAAAACAUCUCAACAUGAUCAGGCAAGUGAAGGGCAAGACCCCCCGCCGCCAUCCCCCGAAAAAGACAUCCAACAACCAGAAGGACCCUGUUGGAGUGUAUUGUCGCGUGCGACCUCUGGGUGCAGAAGAUGAGGAAUGCUGUAUUGAGGUUAUAAGCAACACCACAAUUCAAUUGCAUGCGCCUGAUGGGCUCAAAGCCAACAGGAAUGGUGAAUUCAAGGAGACCCAAUACUCUUUUAAGAAAGUGUUUGGAAUCAAGACAACACAGCGAGAGCUAUUUGAAGAUGUUGCCAAACCUCUUGUGGAGGACCUUAUUUACUGUAAAAAUGGUCUGUUGUUCACCUAUGGUGUCACUGGUAGUGGUAAAACGCAUACAAUGACUGGUUCUCCGGGUCAGGGCGGACUGCUUCCACGUUCACUCGACAUGAUCUUUAACAGUAUCGGUCCCUACCAGGCCAAGAGAUAUGUUUUCAAGCCUGAUGAUAAGAAUGGCAUGGAAGUCCAAAAUCAAGUGGAUGCACUCCUAGACCGACAGAAGCGAGAAAGUCAGACAACUGUACCCAAGACCCCAAACUCAAGGCGAGUAGACCCAGAGUUUGCUGACAUGAUCAGCCCAGAAGAGGCUUUUACGGCUGAUGGAGUGGAUGAGGAUAGCAGCUACAGUGUCUUUGUCUCUUACAUUGAAAUUUACAACAAUUACAUCUAUGAUCUACUUGAAGAGACUCCCUUUGACCCAAUAAAGCCUAAACCACCCCAAUCCAAACUUCUCCGUGAAGAUCAAAAUCACAACAUGUAUGUGGCAGGGUGCACUGAGGUGGAAGUAAAGUCAACUGAGGAAGCUUUUGAAGUCUUUUGGAGAGGUCAAAAGAAACGGAGGAUUGCUAACACGCAGUUGAACCGAGAGUCCAGCCGGUCUCACAGUGUGUUCAUUAUUAAACUGGCACAAGCGCCUCUGGAUGCAGAUGGAGACAAUGUGCUACAGGAUAAGAAUCAGGUGAAUGUGAGCCAGCUGUGUCUUGUGGAUCUGGCUGGCAGUGAACGCACCAGCAGAACCCGGGCAGAGGGCAGCCGUCUUCGUGAAGCAGGCAACAUCAAUCAAUCUUUAAUGACUCUGCGCACAUGUAUCGAAGUUCUGAGAGAGAACCAGAUGUGUGGCACAAACAAGAUGGUCCCGUACAGAGAUUCGAAAGUAACCCAUCUAUUUAAAAACUACUUUGAUGGGGAGGGCAAAGUGAGAAUGGUAGUCUGUGUCAAUCCAAAAGCUGAUGAUUAUGAGGAGACCCUGCUGGUGAUGCGCUUUGCUGAAAUGACUCAAGAGGUGGAGGUCGCACGGCCUGUUGACAGACCCAUUUGUGGCUUUGCUGCUGGCCGCCGACAAAGGAACCAGGCCUUUAAAGAGGAGCUGACCCGCAGGCUAGAAGAUCGUGGUGGCCCUGUCAAUGGAGAGAUUCCAACAAUACUAAGUCAGCUCCUGCAGUCCUUUCCAUCUCUGCCUGCCUCUGAAAUCGCCGGUCCUAAUGAUGAUGUUACUCUACCCAGACUCAUAGAAGCCUUGGAGAAGAGGCAUAAGAUUCGCCAGAUGAUGGUUGAGGAGUACAAUAAAACUGCCAACAUGCUCAAAUCCAUGCUUCAAGAGCAGGACGGUAAUGUUGUCGCCAAGGAGAACUUCAUCAGCGAGCAGCGUGGCCGACUUGGCGAAAAAGACAAAAUGAUCCAGAACCAGAAGAACGAGAUUGAUCGUCUGGAAAAGAAAUCCAAGAUGCUGGAAUACAAGAUUGAUAUCCUGCAGAAAACCUCCAACAUCCAUGAGGAGGACAAGCGGAGUCUACAGAAUGAACUGGAGAGCAGAGAACAGCGGCUGCAGAGGGAAUUGUCUGAUAAGAGACGCAUGGAAUCACGCAUGCAGGGGAUAGUCUCCGACACAAAGCUGAAGUGGGAGAAGGAGUGUGAGAGACGGGUAAAUGCCAAGCAGCUGGAGAUGCAAAACAAGCUCUGGGUGAAGGAUGAGAAACUGAAGCAACUCAAAGCCAUCGUGACCGAGGGGAAAUCGGAGAACCGACAGCCACAACGGCCCUCCAGAGAAAAGGACAAAGUGCCCCCCAAGAGAUCCGCUUCCCCAUCGCCGGUUCCCUCUUCCUACAAUAGCUCCCAGUCAUCGCUCUGCUCUUUGGAGCCCAUUUAUAACUUCAAUCAGAUGGUCAGGCCAGAUCCUUCCUCCCCCAUUGUUUCUGUGGCCUCCUGCAUCUCCGAGUGGGAGCAGAGAGUACCACGGUGUCCCAGGCAGAGUAGCCAGUCGCCUCCAGACAGUAGGAAGAGAGUUCAGGGCCUUCCCAACAGUCUUGGCAGGAGGAGAGGCGGGUGCUGGGCCAGAGAACAUGAGGUGCCCGCCCAGCCAGCAGAUUUUGAAGCUGAUCACAUGACUGUGCCGCCAGUUCGGCCUCUACACAGACGCUCGCACUCCGCAGGUGGGGAGAGGUGGGUAGAUCACAAACCCAACACUAAUGUGGACCUGGAUACAGUCAUGCAGCCAAACCUCCCCAACGCCAUCAAAGUGUCUGCUCCAAGUGAGAAAGCUCUCUCCAAGUGUGACAAGUAUGUUCUGACUCACCAGGAAGUGGCCUCGGAUGGGGAGAUUCAGACCAAGCUAAUCAAAGGUGAGGUGUUCAAAACAAGAGGUGGAGGACAGUCUGUUCAGUUCACGGAUAUUGAAACUCUGAAGCAAGAAUAUCCUGCUUCGGCCAGCCGUAAGAGGCGAUCAUCAGAGUCUGGCCCUUCACAUGAGGGUGAGCGUACGGAUGGUGACUGGACCGAUGUGGAGACGAGGUGCUCUGUGGCUGUUGAGAUGAGAGCUGGGUCAAAUCUGGGACCUGGAUACCAGCACCAUGGAUAUCCAAAACGCAGGAAGCCUUAAGAUUGCCUUCGCAUUGCCAUCACAGACGAGUCCUUUUCUAUUGAAGCCUCUCAUUACUGUGUGCAAUAGCAAAUUCACUUUAUAAUAUUUAACUUUUUAAAAUGCAUUUUAUAUGUAAAAAAAAAUGUCUUUUAUAACUUACACAACUUCACCAAAGCUGUUUAUGUACUGCAUUUUCUACCUUAGUGUUUUUGUGUAAAAGUCAGGUUUCUUGUAAAUGUCUUUUUGGGUGGGUUUAAAAACAACGUGUUGCCAAUGUUUUAUUUCUAGCUGUCACUUAAGCACGAAGUAUUUGUUUUCAAAAUAUUAUCUUUUUUGUACUCCAUUUUGCAUUUGGGCAGUUAAAAAUCUUUUAGAAAAUGUAGUCAUUUUUAUGACUUUCAGUACAAGUAGGCAGCACCUGGAGAUGCACCCUUUACAAGUAGCUAGCACCUUGGAGAUACACCCUUUAUAUUGUAUUUCUCACUUGUAUUAUAUUGCUGAAGACAAACUGUUAAUAAACAGUAUUUGAUGCUCGA